GAAAAGUUGUUGGCUGAGUAGAGUCCCUUAUCUGCAAAUGCCCCUUCAAGAAUGAGGCCCCAAAAGCCCCUCAUCACUCUAUCUUCAUCUUCUUUAGGCUGUCCCGACCGUCUUUAGGCUAAUACGGAGGAGCAUUAGCUUUGAUUCAAUUUACAGAACUCAUUCGAUAAGAUGGCCGCUGACUCAGUACUGAGAAUGUCAGUGGCUUCCACGGCUUCUUCGUUCUGCAAUUUCCAUGCCUCAAGAAGGAAGCCGGCGACGCUCCCUGGUGCCGCCGGCUCCGGCCAUCGGCGACUCCGCCGCGCCAGGGUUCAGCCGCUCACAUCUUCUGCCUCUUUGUCGGAUUUCUUUGGGAACUUUCAGAUUAGGGCAGCCCCUGGUCCGACAGAUAUGAAGUUCCACCAGAAACGAAGCCAAAAGAGCAGGUUCUCCGUCUUCGCCAUGGCCGCUGAUGAUGCCAAGAGAAUGGUGCCCUUAAAGGACUACCGAAACAUCGGAAUCAUGGCUCAUAUUGACGCAGGGAAGACAACCACGACGGAACGGAUCCUCUACUACACAGGCAGGAACUACAAAAUCGGCGAAGUCCAUGAGGGGACCGCCACGAUGGACUGGAUGGAGCAAGAACAAGAACGCGGGAUCACCAUCACUUCCGCUGCGACCACGACCUUCUGGAACAAGCACCGGAUCAACAUAAUCGAUACCCCUGGCCAUGUCGACUUCACACUGGAAGUUGAAAGAGCCCUGAGGGUUCUUGAUGGUGCCAUAUGCCUGUUCGAUAGUGUUGCUGGGGUGGAGCCCCAGUCGGAGACCGUCUGGAGACAGGCGGACAAAUAUGGGGUCCCACGGAUAUGCUUCGUCAACAAAAUGGACCGUCUCGGGGCGAACUUCUACCGUACCCGAGACAUGAUCGUCACGAAUUUGGGUGCGAAACCGCUCGUGAUUCAAAUCCCGAUUGGUUCGGAGGAUAAUUUUCUUGGAGUUGUCGAUCUCGUGAAGAUGAAAGGGGUAGUUUGGUCAGGGGAGGAAUUGGGGGCCAAGUUUGUGUAUGAGGAGAUCCCUUCGGAACUUCAAGAACGGGCCGAGGAGUACCGGGCAGAGAUUAUCGACACCAUAGUUGAACUGGAUGAUGAAGCCAUGGAGAAAUAUCUUGAAGGGACCGAACCCGACGAGGAAACGGUUAAAAAGUUGAUCAGAAAGGGGACCAUUUCGGGCAGUUUUGUUCCGGUCUUAUGCGGGUCCGCUUUCAAGAACAAAGGGGUUCAGCCCCUUCUUGACGCCGUCGUUGACUAUUUACCUUCACCCAUUGACUUACCCCCAAUCAAAGGCAGCGACCCCGAAAACCCAGAGGUAGCCGUUGAAACACCGGCCAGUGACAGUGAGCCGUUCACCGGUCUGGCUUUCAAGAUCAUGAGCGACCCCUAUGUGGGGUCGCUCACGUUCGUGAGGGUAUAUUCGGGAAAACUUGUGGCAGGAUCUUAUGUGCUGAAUGCAAACAAGGGAAAGAAGGAAAGGAUUGGGAGACUGUUGGAGAUGCAUGCUAACAGCAGGGAGGACGUCAAGUCGGCCUUAACCGGUGACAUUGUUGCCCUCGCCGGCCUUAAAGACACCGUCACCGGAGAAACUCUGUGCGACCCGAACAAACCCGUGGUUCUUGAACGGAUGGAUUUUCCGGACCCGGUUAUAAAAGUUGCCAUUGAACCCAAGACCAAAGCUGACAUUGAUAGGAUGGCGGCCGGGUUGGUGAAGCUAGCUCAAGAAGACCCGUCUUUCCACUUUUCUCGGGACGAAGAGAUCAACCAGACGGUCAUUGAAGGGAUGGGGGAACUGCAUCUCGAGAUCAUCGUCGAUCGGCUCAAGAGGGAGUUUAAGGUGGACGCCAACGUUGGGGCCCCACAAGUGAACUACCGCGAGAGCAUUUCGAAGGUCUCGGAAGUGAAGUACGUCCACAAGAAACAGUCGGGCGGGCAAGGGCAGUUCGCGGACAUAACCGUGAGGUUCGAGCCGAUGGAACCGGGCGGCGGGUACGAGUUCAAGAGCGAGAUAAAGGGCGGGGCAGUCCCGAAAGAGUACAUCCCGGGGGUGAUCAAGGGGUUGGAGGAAUGUUUGGGCAGCGGGGUGCUGGCCGGGUACCCGGUCGUGGAUGUCCGGGCGGUGUUGGUCGACGGGUCCUACCACGACGUGGACUCGAGCGUUCUGGCGUUCCAGCUGGCGGCUAGAGGGGCGUUUCGGGAAGGGAUGAGGAAAGCGGGUCCGCAUUUGUUGGAACCCAUAAUGAGGGUUGAGGUUGUCACUCCGGAGGAGCAUCUUGGCGAUGUUAUUGGGGAUUUGAACUCAAGGAGAGGUCAGAUCAACAACUUUGGCGAUAAACCAGGUGGCCUCAAGGUGGUGGAUGCGUUGGUUCCGUUGGGGGAGAUGUUCCAAUACGUGAGUAGCUUGAGGGGGAUGACGAAAGGGAGAGCGUCUUACACUAUGCAAUUGGCCAAGUUCGAAGUCGUCCCUCAACACAUCCAGAACGAGCUCGCAGCCAACAAGGCCGAACCCGUUGCUGCUUGAAGUAUUGUGUUAUAUUUUGUCUCUUGAGUCUUUGAAAUGAUUUCUCAUGUGCACAUAUUCAUUCCUCAGAAUUUGGGUAGAAAACUGAAGUUCUUAUAGGAGGGCAAAGAAACUGCAAAGUGCACAUGAUUUAUUGACAAAGAUAUUGUAAACGAUCUUCAUUGACAAAGUGCAUAUUUUUAUUGUGUUCAAUAUGCUUUGAUCAUUUUUACUUCAUUGCCAAUUUACUGAUGAUUUCUCUAUGCCAUUCACCAAACAGCCCUUUCAAUAGUGUUGCAUUGUUUCUCUUAAACAUUGGUACAUUGCUGUAAAAAUACUACACAUGAAUGUGUAUUGAUGGACAACAAAGAAAUACUCGUUUAGAAAUGGAUAAAUAAGUGUUCAAUUCUUGAAAUCAAUCCACUAGAAAUGCAUUUCCCAUGGAAAAAACCCAACCAAAGCCUCAAUAUGCCC